AACCCGGCCAGCAAAAAACGUGGGAGCCUCCAGAGCACCCAUAAUUCAUAGAAUUGUUCAAACCGCACAUCACAGAAUAAACAGGCAAAAUGCGGCCUGUUUGUGUGACAGAAAAACAUUCGAAUAAAUUACGACGAAGAGCUUCCUGCCGCUAUUCCAACUUUCUCACGCUUUGCGGCUCGUCCAUUUUGCAGAAGUUCGCCGUCCUCUUCGGCCUUGUGGCCUCCUCUCUCGCCGGAAACAUCGGCUACGGCCUGGGCGCCAGCUAUGGCCUCACCACCGGCUACGGUCUCGGCAGCUACGGCCUCGGCGGCUACCGCCUCGGCGGCUACGGACUCGGUUAUGGCUACGGCGGUCUGGGCUAUGGCUACGGUGGUCUCGGACACCUCUACGGAGGCGCCAUAGCGGCCGCUCCUGCCGUCGCCGCCGUCCACCACGCGCCAGCUGCUGUCGUUCACCACGCGCCGGCCGCCGUCGUCCAUCACGCCCCUGCCGUCGCUGUGGCUCGUCCAGCCGUCACCGUCGCCCGCCAGGUCUCCUACGCCGCUCCAGCGGUGUCCUACGCCGCUCCGGCUGUGUCCUACGCCGCUCCGGCUGUGUCCUACGCCGCUCCGGUUGUCUCCCGCGCAGUGUCCUACGCUGCUCCAGUGGCCGUUGCCCGCCAGGUCUCCUACGCUGCUCCAGUUGCCGUGGCCCGCCAGGUCUACGCCGCCCCAGCUGUGUCUUACGCCGCUCCAGCUGUGUCUUACGCCGCUCCAGUUGUCCAGCGCGCAGUGUCCUACGCUGCUCCAGUGGCCGUUGCCCGCCAGGUCUCCUACGCUGCUCCAGUUGCCGUGGCCCGCCAGGUCGCCUACGCUGCCCCAGCUGUGUCCUACGCCGCUCCGGCUGUGUCUUACGCUGCUCCAGUCUCUGUGGCCCGCACCACCACCGUCCACCACGCUCCAGCUGUGUCCUACGCCGCUCCAGCCGUCGCCGCCGUCCACCACGCACCGGCCGUCGCCUACGCCGCUCCAGCCGUCGCUGCUGUCCACGCCGCUCCAGCUGUCGCCUACGCCGCUCCAGCUGCCGUGACGACCGCUGUCCACCAUGCCCCAGCAGUCGCCACCACCGUCCACCACGCUCCCGCCUACGGCACUGUCGGUCUCGGCUACGGACACGGUCUGAGCUAUGGCCUCGGAUACAGCGGUCUCGGAUACGGCGGUCUCGGCUACGGUCUCAGCCACGGCUACAGCCUUGGCCACGGCUACACCCUUGGUGGCUACAACUACGGCCUUGGCGGAUACGCCUAUGGUCUCCGCAAGAAGUAGGCUGUUCUAAUGAGAAAUGGCGGAGGAACUGCCGUCUGGAGCGUCCCACAAGGAUAUUCCGGAACGCCAGUUUCAUCGACGAGAGCAGCGUGUCCAUGCGGUCUGAUGCUGCCGCUGGAAGUUUAGGGGAGGAAAAAGAAAGAGAACUCAAUUUACGCUGCCACACGAACCAGUGUACACUCGCAUGUACCUGUGUCCGUACCCUUUUCGGAAAUACAACUCCCCUUUCCGUUUCGGGGGAAAAAA